CAGGAGAAGAUCACGAUCAAUGCGCCAACCUCGGUCAAGCUCGGCAAGCUGGGCAAGUCCUCGGCCGACACUCGGCGGCGCAUCAACCACUUCCACACGCUCAUCAAGCAGUACUCACAGCUGGCGGCGCAAGAAGACCAGUCUUUGGAGGUGCGGCAAAAGAUCGACGCAGUGGCGAAGGAGAUGGCGGAAAUGGGCGGUCUCGAUUGGUACCAGAAGGCCAGCCUGCUCGGCCAAAGCAAGGGCCGCGGUGGCGAUACCAGCCGCUGGCUGGUGCCGAAGCUGAAGGAGCUGAAGCUGAAGGGGCCACUGCGCCUGCUGGACGUGGGAGCACUGAGCAGCCUCAACUACUUCAAGGAGCGCCGCUGGAUCAACGUCACGCCGAUUGACCUGAACUCGCAGGAGCCGGGCAUUGUCCAGCAGGACUUUCUGGAUAUUGAUCCAGGGCGUAUGGAGGGCGAGACUGCGCAUCUGUUCAAGGAGCCGUUUGAUAUUGUGUGUCUGUCGCUGGUGGUCAAUUUUAUCGGCGAUCCGGCCAAACGCGGCGAGAUG